CUCGCACCGCAACAGGCGAGUUCUCCUGACACUAUUCCGACGGUCAUUGACGCCUCUCCAGAACUCAAUUUUCUCGUGUCUCUCUUGCCACCCUUCUCUUUCAGCCGUCUGUGCAGCCUGCGGAUGAUGAAGGCGCGUUUGCGGGCCUCAACUGUCAAUCAACCGGCCAUUCCUCGUUAGUCUGCUCGCUUUCUUGAUUGAUACCAAGAUUGAGACAACGAUUUUUUGGCUGCCUGUGAUAUAUAUCAACUCUCCGGAUCAAGAUGAGUUACGUCAAAAAGGACGACGAUGCGGAUCAGUCUAUGAUCAAGCUCGACCGCACGUCUGUUUUUCAGGAUGCCCGAUUGUUCAAUUCCUCCCAUAUCUCCCCCCGAAGAUGUCGCACUCUCCUGACCAAGAUCGGGGUCCUCCUUUUCACCGGGGAGCAAUUCCCGACAAAUGAAGCGACCACGCUCUUCUUUGGUAUUUCAAAGCUGUUCCAGAAUAAGGACCCUUCUCUGCGUCAGAUGGUCUAUCUGAUCCUGAAGGAGCUGUCAAGCACUGCCGAGGAUGUGAUUAUGUCUACCAGUAUCAUUAUGAAAGACACCGCUGUUGGUAGUGAUGUUGUAUACCGGGCGAACGCUAUCCGGGCUCUUUGCCGUAUUAUCGAUGCCACAACCGUGCAAGGCAUCGAGCGGCUCAUCAAGACUGCCAUCGUUGACAAGACACCUUCUGUCUCCUCAGCAGCCUUGGUAUCCUCCUACCACCUUCUACCUAUUGCGCGUGACGUCGUGCGCAGAUGGCAAAGCGAAACCCAGGAGGCGGCAUCCUCUUCAAAGCAGUCGACUGGUUUCCUAGGAUUUGCGUCCAGUUCUCAGGCUCAUGCCAUCUCGCAAUCGAACUAUAUGACUCAAUAUCACGCCAUUGGACUUUUGUACCAGAUGCGCUCGCAUGACAGGAUGGCCUUGGUCAAGAUGGUACAGCAGUACGGAGCCGCAGGUGUUGUGAAAAGUCCUGCUGCCCUUGUCUUACUUGUUCGGUUAGCGGCCAAACUAGCAGAUGAAGACCCCGGCCUUAGGAAGCCCAUGAUGCAAUUGCUUGAUGGCUGGCUCCGACAUAAGCAUGAAAUGGUCAACUUCGAGGCUGCCAAGGCUGUAUGCGAGCUAAGGGAUGUAACAGACGCAGAAGCCUCUCAGGCUGUUCACGUCCUUCAACUUUCGCUCUCGUCCCCGCGUGCAAUUAGCAAAUUUGCGGCUAUCAGAAUCCUUCACAACUUUGCGACGUUCAAACCCCAUAUCGUCAAUAUCUGCAAUCCCGAUAUCGAGGCUCUGAUCUCGAAUAGCAAUCGCUCAAUUGCAACUUUCGCCAUCACCACCCUGCUCAAGACAGGGAACGAAGCCAGCGUUGACCGCCUGAUGAAGCAAAUCUCUGGGUUCAUGGCCGAUAUCACGGAUGAGUUCAAGAUCACCAUCGUCGAAGCCAUUCGGACUUUGUGUCUAAAAUUCCCGAGCAAGCAAGCUGGAAUGCUUACUUUCUUGAGCGGUAUUCUAAGGGAUGAGGGCGGAUAUGAAUUCAAGCGGAGUGUUGUCGAAAGCAUGUUUGAUCUGAUUAAAUUUGUUCCUGAAAGCAAGGAAGAAGCUCUUGCGCACCUCUGUGAAUUCAUCGAGGACUGCGAAUUCACCAAGCUUUCCGUUAGAAUAUUGCAUCUGCUUGGCGUUGAGGGCCCGAAGACUCCUCAACCUACUAAGUACAUCCGCUAUAUUUACAACAGAGUCGUUUUGGAGAAUUCCAUUGUCCGUGCGGCUGCUGUGACUGCGCUGGCUAAGUUCGGUGUCGGCCAGAAGGACCCAGAGGUCAAAUCUAGUAUUUCUGUUCUCCUGACAAGGUGUCUUGAUGAUACGGAUGAUGAAGUCCGCGACCGUGCUGCUCUCAAUCUCAGGUUAAUGAAGGAAGAAGAUGAGGUGGCCAAUCGUUUCAUCAGAACGGAUUCUAUGUUCUCUCUUCCUACAUUUGAACAUCAACUUGUCAUGUACGUGACAUCGACAGAUAAAUCGACAUUCGCUGCAGCGUUCGACGUCUCUGAGAUCCCCAUUGUUACGCAAGAGCAGGCCCUGGCAGAGGAAAGGACGAAGAAACUUACGACUGCAACACCCACUCUCAAGGCCCCAUCCGAAGCUCCGAAGAAGGCGAACGGCCUUGCCGAAGAUACCACCGCAACAACAACCGAAAAAUAUGCCGAGCGGCUUAUGCAAAUCCCGGAGCUCAAGGCGUAUGGAACUCUGCUCAAAUCAUCUUCUCCCGUUGAGCUUACCGAAAGUGAGACGGAAUACGUUGUCACUGCUGUCAAGCAUAUCUUUAAGGAGCACACCGUUAUACAGUAUGAUAUCAAGAACACACUCCCAGAUACCGUCCUUGAAGAUGUAACCGUUGUGGCAAACCCGUCCGAGGAGGAUGUUCUCGAGGAGGAAUUUAUCGUCCCUGCACCCAAGCUUACAACCAAUGAGCCCGGUAUUGUCUAUGUCACUUUCAAGAACCUGGGUGGGGAGUUCAGCUUCCCCGUCACUUCAUUUACCAAUGCCCUGAAGUUCACCAGCAAGGAAAUUGAUCCUACAACUGGUGAACCCGAGGAAGGAGGAUAUGAAGACGAGUACCAGGUCGAAGACCUGGAUCUCACUGGUAGUGAUUACGUUAUUCCGGCAUUCGCUACCAGCUUCGAUGAAGUUUGGGAGCAAACUGGCGAAGGAGAGGAAGCUAGUGAGACUCUGUUGUUGAGCAACAUGAAAGGCAUCUCAGACGCUACUGAGCAACUGAUUGCGACCCUCUCUCUACAACCUCUGGAGGGAAGUGAAAUCGCCCUUAGCAACAGCACUCACACCAUUAAGCUCUUCGGCAAGACAGUGUCAGGAGGCAAAGUUGUAGGCCUGAUCAAGAUGGCCUACUCGAGCAAGACAGGCGUCACGACCAAGAUGACCUUCAGAUCGGAUGAAGAAGGCCUCGCCUCUGGUGUCCUUGCAUCUGUGACUUAGAUAAUGCUUUUCCCUUCUUGUAAAACUAUGUGACGAAUAUUGUGUAGGCAUCGAAUGCAGCCUUUUUCUUUCUUUAAUUCUUACUGCUUUUUACCUUGGACCUUGUCCGGCUUGUGUUAUUACCAGUUCGCUCUCCUGCGAUGGGGAUUGGAUUGGACUUGGAUUGAUUCCCAAGCUUUCUUAUUUCCCAGAAGUUAUUUCAAGAAUAAAGGAACUGAAACUUUUCAUUUAUUUUAUUUAGGAAUAGGUGAAAUUGCGUACUUGAAUUGUUCCACUACGUUCAUAUCGAACAUGUACACUUCAAUGCAACAGCAAUAAUACAUCUAUCAUGUACA